CAGCCAUUGAUAAUGCAAAGAUUGUCUGACAGAACCUUCCUUUAUUUGCAACACAGCCUUAGGUAUUGACAAAGACCCGUAGAGUUUGGUGAAUGGCCGGCCAGUCAUACAAAAGCAGGACGUCAGGAGCAGUUGGACGACUCCAUCGAUGCUCAAGAUUACUCGGGGAUCACACAAUCUCUGACGAGGUGCAUCUGCAGGCCGAUCGAUCGGCGGCGGCGGCGGAUGGUGUCGUCGUCGAAGAAGAAGGUGUGCGUGGUCGGCGCCGGCGUCUCGGGGCUGGCUUCUGCCCGGGAGCUGCUCCGGGAGGGCCACGCCGUGACGGUCAUGGAGCAGAGCGGCGGCGUCGGCGGGCAGUGGCUGUACGACUCGAUGACCGACGCCGGCGACCCCCUCGGGACGGCCGGCGUGCACAGCAGUAUCUACGCCUCCCUCCGGCUCAUCAUCCCGAGGGAGGUCACCGGCUUCUCCGGUUUCCCAUUCUACCCCAAGGGCGACGGCGGCAGCGGCGACGCCCGGCGCUACCCGUGCCACGGCGAGUUCCUCAGGUACAUCAGGGACUUCUGCGAUGCGUUUGGGAUCAUGGAUGUUGUCAGGUUCAACACCAGGGUCGUGCAUGUCGGCGUGGCGCCGCCCGACGACGGCGGCGCUGCUGCCGGUGACAAGCGCUUGCGGUGGGUGGUGAGGUGGAUGAAGCCCGGUGAGGUGAUCACGGAGGAGGAGGUGUUCGACGCCGUCGUCGUCGCCGUCGGCCAGUACACCCAGCCAAGGCUCCCAAGCAUCAAUGGCAUGGACAAGUGGAAGGGGAGGCAACUGCAUUCCCACUCGUACCGCGUCCCCGACUCCUUCCGCGGCGAGGUGGUCGUCGUCGUCGGUUGCCAUGAGAGCGGCAAGGAGAUCGCGCUGGAGCUCUGCGACGUGGCGAGGGAGGUGCACAUCAGCGUCAAGUCCAUGGGUGACGACGUCACUCCCGGCGUGUCCAAGGCCGUGUCCAGGCACCACAACCUGCACCUGCACCUCCAGAUCGAGUGCUUGUGCGAGGACGGCCGGGUGGUGUUCGCUGACGGCUCGUGUGUCGUCGCCGACGCCGUCAUCUACUGCACCGGGUACAACUACUGGUACCCGUUCCUGGACACGGGGGGGCUGGUGACCGUCGACGACAACCGCGUCGGACCGCUGUACGAGCACACCUUCCCGCCGGCGCUGGCGCCGUCGCUCUCCUUCGUCGGCCUGCCCAGGAUGGUGGUCGUGCCGCGGUUCUACGAGGUGCAGGCGAGGUGGGUGGCUCAGGUGCUGUCCGGCCGGAGCGCGCUGCCGUCGGAGGAGGAGAUGAUGCGCUCCGUCGACGAGUACCAACGCGCCAGGGAGAUGGCCGGCGUGCCCAAGCGCCACACCCACGUCUUGGACGACUUGGAGUACUGCGACGACCUCGGGGAGAAGUACUGUGGCUUCCCAAGGCUCGACGGGUGGAAGAAGGAGCUCCUCUGCUCGUCCUUGACACGCUUGCGUGACAACAGAGAGAGCUUCCGUGACGACUACCACCAUGACAGUGACCUCGUCCGUGAGGGGUUGCGCUCGGAAGGGUGGCUUGUCGAUGCAGAUACGCCAAGAGUUGAGAUGGAUGGCGAGCUGGCGAUGAAGACGACGAGCAUGGCACAACCACAGCCAUAGGCCCAUGACAAGUACCAAUUAUCUACUCUUUCCGUCGUAAAUUGUGUUCACGUGAACAUGUGAGAGCCUUAGAGGCAAAGGGGUGAGAUGUUUGGGUUCCACCCGAGAUUCUUCACCACCGGGUUUUGGGAAACAAUGGACGGUUGGCCGCCGGCUGUGCUGAUGCCUGAUGGCCAUGUCAUUUCUUCUUCUUCUUCUUUUUCUCUUUUUAUUCUUUCAUUUUUGAGAUUUCAGAGCUUGAUAACGACCAAAUGGUGUAGUAUGUAGAAGGUAGUAUGUAGAAGAUGUAAUUUUCAAUCUGUGGACCAACAUGAAAUUGACACUUUACCUUA